UUCUGUCUAUAUUAAAGUUUGUUAUUUAUCAAUGAAAGCACAUGGAAUGCACUUUUUGGUGUAUGGGUUUUUUUUCCUCACAUCACACUUUUGAGAUUCAUCCUUGUUGUGGGUCAGUAAUUUAUUCUUCUUCAGCAGGUGUGCUGGCCACCAAGAUCUUGCUCAUUCUGUCUGAUCAGCAUGAUGUCACCAAAUGUAAUCAAUCAGUCUGACAGUCUAUGGGAUGUCCACGUGAUCCAAUACCGUUCAACUAUAUUAUGACAAAGGCCACAAGGGGCAGCUGGCAGUUUCACCUCAGAGCUGCAGGAAGGGACAGCGGCAGUGAAAAUCGAAUCAGGUGUGAUCCUAGGCUGAGCUCAUGGCCCAGCGGGACCAGCAGGGGCAGAUGGCAAGUGGAGGCAGAGAUCUCAACUUCAGGAUGGUCACAGAGAUCCAGAACGUAGAGGGUCAGAACCUGCAGGAGCAGGUUUUCCCUGAGCCCAUCUUCAGGUUCUUCAGGGAACACAAGGUGGAGAUUGCAAGUGCAAUAACAAGGCCAUUUCCUUUCCUUAUGGGCCUCCGAGACCGCUCCUUCAUCUCUGAGCAGAUGUAUGAGCAUUUUCAAGAAGCUUUUAGAAACCUGGUCCCAGUGGCAAGAGUGAUGUACUGUGUACUCAGUGAACUGGAGAAGACGUUUGGCUGGUCACAUCUGGAAGCGUUGUUCAGCAGGGUUAACCUGAUGGCCUAUCCUGAUUUAAACGAGGUUUACAGAAGCUUCCAAAAUGCAUGCUAUGAACACCCACCUCGCCAAAUGAACAAUGUAAGCUGGUUAGAAGAUAGACCCAGAUUACUACUGUGUGGUAAACAAGAGAACAGCAAUGCCUGUCAUGAAAUGUGUGAUGUAGCAGUGCCUCAGGAAGCCUUGAGCUUCUCGCCAAGGUGUGGGCCAGGUUUCUCUUCAGAGUCUCAUGAGCAAUUAGCUCUUCCAAGGGCUGAUGGAGGAGAUGCUGAAAAUGCACCCAGCCUGCUACCAGUGUGCUGUGAACAUGCUAUACAAGUAGAUGAAGGAGAAUCAGAAGAAAUGCCCCAGUUACUGCCUUAUGAUGCAGAAGAGAACUUUGAUCUAAACACUCCCCAAAUCACUAAUGAAGGAGAACCAGAGAAGGGGCUCAGUCUACUACCAGGUGAAGGAGAAGAGGGCAGCGAUGACUGUUCGGAAAUGUGUGUUGGAGAAGAGCCCCAGGAACCCUCCAGCUCCCUAGCAAGAUGUGGGUCAGUAUCUAGUGAAUUAAAAGAUCACCAAAUGAAUGAAGAAGAAGAAUCAGAAGAGCUUGCUUCUAGCCUGCUCCAUGAGGAUGUACCAGGAGCAGAGCAACUAGCAUGUGAAAAUGAGAAGUGUUCCUGUGUCAUGUGUUUCUCAGAAGAAGUGCCAGGAGGCCCAGAAGCAAGGAUGGAAAAUACUGUGGAUACUGGAAGCAACUCUGCUUUGGACAGUACCAAACCCAAGAGGAAGAGAAGAAAAAAGAAGGGGCAUUGCUGGACCAGAGUAAAAAGGAGAGGGCAGAAAAAAAUCCAACAGAAUGGUAACAGCAAAGCUGAUGGCCAGUUGAUGUCCAGUGAAAAGAAGACGAACGUGAAUCUCCAAGGCCCUUUCAAGAUUAGGAGGAGAAAGAGAGGCAGACCUAGAGCCCGCUUCACCCAGACUAACAGAGGUCCACAGAAAAGAGUCCGAUCAAGAGUUUCAAGAAAGCGCAAAGACAAAACUGUGGAUUUUAAGGCUCCUAUACUUCCAGUGACCUGUGGUGAGGUGAAAGGAAUUUUACAUAAGAAGAAUUUGAAACAAGGAAUCUUGGUGAAGUGUAUACAGAGUGAGGAUGGAAAUUGGUUCACGCCCAGCGAAUUUGAAAUCAAAGGAGGCCAUGCAAGAUCAAAGAACUGGAGGCUGAGUGUGCGCUGUGACGGGUGGCCCCUACGAUGGCUGAUGGAGAAUGGAUUUCUGCAUAAUCCUCCAAGAACUAGGAAAAAGAAGAGAAUACUGAAGUCUCACAAUAAUACCUCAGUUGACCCUUGUAUGAGAAACUUGGAUGAGUGUGAGGUUUGCCGGGACGGAGGAGAGCUGUUCUGUUGUGACACUUGUUCAAGAGUCUUCCAUGAGGACUGCCACGUCGCGCCUGUGGAAACUGAGAAGACCCCGUGGAGUUGCAUCUUCUGCAGGAUGAAGGAGUCUUCAGGAAGCCAGCAGUGCUGUCAGGAAUCUGAGGUCCUGGAGAGGCAGAUGUGUCCUGAGGAACAGUUGAAAUGUGAAUUCCUCCUCUUGAAAGUCUAUUGCUGUUCUGAGAGCUCCUUUUUUGCCAAGAUUCCAUAUUAUUAUUAUAUUAGAGAGGCAUGUCAAGGCCUGAAGGAGCCCAUGUGGUUGGAUAAAAUCAAGAAGAGGCUGAAUGAGCACAGUUAUUCCCGAGUGGAGGGGUUUGUACGAGACAUGCGCCUCAUCUUCCAGAAUCACAGGGCAUCGUACAAGUACAAGGAUUUUGGCCAAAUGGGACUUCGACUGGAGGCUGAAUUUGAGAAGAAUUUGAAGGAAGUGUUUUCUAUUCAGGAAACAAAUGGGAUUAAUUAAUUGGUUUAGUGGAUGCCGAAGGCGUUCAUCUGCCCAAAGACGAAUCCUCCAAAAGAAAUUCAGUCAUCAUGAAUCCCAUCACCAACAAUCUCAUCAGCCAGGGAAGGGUAACUGGGACCACAGGGAGGGAGGUGGGAGGUGACACCAGCGCAGACAGACUGUCACCUCUUCUCCUGAGGGCUGCUCCAGACAUUUAUUACUCACAAGACCUUUUAUCUGAAAAACCAGCCAAGCUUUAUUCAGGACACACUUCUUUCCUUCCCCCUCCCACUCGUCUGGCCACCUCCCUGCAGAAGCCCCAGGCCCCCAUUCUUUUCGAUAGCUGAAGACGGUGUAUGCAUGUCAAUCAUCUGACCCUUCUUGGAGUCUUGUAUUUCAUGGGACUCCUGUGCAAACAUAUAUGAUUAAAAUUUUUAUCCUCCUCUUAAUCUA